AAAAAAAAAACUUACGUGUAUCUCAAAACCAAAUGUGAUAUUUACGUAUUUAUUAUUAUAAAUUUGCAAGUUUAUAAUUAUUUCAUGCCUGUGUUUAAAUAAUAAUUCCAUUGUUUAUAAUUGUAGCGUGAUAACAAAAAUAAUAUUUAGUAUUAUUAUUAUUGUUAUUGAAGUAAGAGGAAGAAAUAAUUAGCAAGAACGUUUUGGUCAAGUAUGCUUCCGCGAGUUAUCAAUCUUAUAUUAUUAUUCCUCAAGGAAUAACGUGUUGUUUUUUAUUCGUCGUCCAGAUUGACCAAUGAACAGUGGUAAAGUGCACGGUCUAUCGCAACGGCGAGACAGCGGCCAGUGACACUCAUUCUCGGAUUUUAUUCACACCAGUUGAGAAUCAAGCCAGGUGAUAGUGUGAACGUCGUGUUAUGAAACUAUUGCCGACGAUUCAGUUGCCGCAACUACCGCCGGUCUCAGCCGCUGGCGGCAUGACGGGAAUGGAUUCCCGUCUCCCACCCGGGAUAUCCUUACCUUUCAGUCCCACGGAUUUAUUAUGGCGAUAUCCGACCAUGAGUUUUCCCUCCCACCCACCUCAAAGUCCUCUGCUGGACUUUAAAACUCAUUUGCCAUCAAGUUUAGCUUCAGACCCAAGAGUGUGGUCGCGAGAUGACGUCGCGACAUUUUUACGAUGGGCUGAACGUGAAUUUGACUUGCCGCAGUUUGACAUGGACAUGUUUCAAAUGAAUGGAAAAGCCCUGUGUCUGUUAACAAAGUCAGAUUUGGGAGAGAGAUGUCCAGGUGCUGGAGAUGUUCUUCAUAAUGUUCUCGGGAUGCUAGCAAGAGAUUUCAAUCAAUUACAACGAUGUCUUCCAAGUAGUCCUGUUACGCCCACGAGACAUUCGGCAUAUCCUUUGAGUCCUCACUCACAUCCGCCGACGCCAACGUGGGCAGAAAAUCAUUAUGCUGCAGCCAACCUUGCCUCACUUAUGUCUGCCAAUUCAGUUACACUCUCACCGGCGCCAUCAGUUGAUAGUCAAGCGGGAUCCCCCGGUCAUACUGAGAGUAAUCAAAUUCAAGUGUAUAGAAGUGAUUCGGAUGAGGAUAAUCAUCAGAGUAGCAGUAGUCCACCAGCAACACCGACCGCUCUCACGGCUCAGAGACUCAGCGAAGUUUGCGUCAAGGACCAACCCAGUCCCACAUUGCCACCUCAAUUAAUGCCACUCACGCCUGGAGGAUUUCGACCUGCUUCUACUGCUCGAGAGUUUUUUCCCAGCGACUCACCUGAACCUAAUACGAAUGGUAGACUUCUUUGGGAUUUUUUACAACAGCUAUUAAACGAUCCAUCACAGAGAUACACCCAUUACAUUGCGUGGAAAAGUCAAGAAACUGGAGUUUUUAAAAUAGUUGAUCCGCCAGGUCUUGCACGGCUUUGGGGGAUACAAAAAAAUCAUUUGUCUAUGAAUUACGAUAAGAUGAGCAGAGCAUUGCGUUAUUAUUAUCGUGUUAAUAUACUUCGGAAAGUUCAAGGCGAACGUCACUGUUAUCAAUUUCUUCGUAAUCCUACGGAAUUGAAAAAUAUUAAAAAUAUAUCAUUAUUACGGCAACAAAUGCGAAUAAAAUCAGAACCGGACGAAGAAAGUCCUACUUCCAUAAAUGGUAUAGAACCGGAAGUAGACAUGCCAACUGAUCUCUCAAUGUCAAGUAUGAAUCAACCUUCUUGCGAACAGCCUCUUCCUCUCCUUGAUCCACCUGCCAAGUAUCGCAGUCAUGCAUACAAUCUUGCUAAAACUAAUCAAGAACCGGAGGAGAGGAAGUGACGCGAGACUUAACAGGGAUACGCUUGAUUAUGCAUUAAACGUUGCUCUAUUGCGACUGUAUAGUAUAAAAUAUUAAGAGUGAGCUUUUUAUUUAGUUUAACUCACUAGUUAUGAUUCGUCGCUAUGCCCAAGUGAAUCUAAUUAUUCAAGACUGAUUCAUUAAAUCCGACAAUCGAUCAUAUUUCGUAUUCAAUGAUUACAAACAUUGAAUGUGUAUAGUUAAAAUAAAAAAUAAAAAAAAAAAAACAUACAAAAUAAACUAAACAAAUAAACGUCCUCCGAUGCCGGUAAAUGAAUUAUUUUUAAAAUUAAUUUAUUGGCAUUUUAUAUAAAAGUUACAAUAUUCUCGCGUAAGUCAAUAACAAGAUUCCACUAAUUUAUAUAAUCUAAAUGAACAUCACUAUUUAAACUGGAUGCUGUAGACAAACGGUUAGCGUGACUGCAAUUCUUUCCAAUGAUCGGGCCCGACACGAUUUUCAUAUAGGACUUUUGACCCAAUUUAUAAUUUAGCGUUAUGUUUGUAGGAUUCGGAACUACCAAGCUCAGUUGUUGAUUGUCGUACAUUAAAUUAUAAGAAUAAAGUACCUUAAAAAUGCACUGUAUAGCUACGUUGCCAUAGUUGCUCUGAACAUCUAGUGAAUAAACUGACAGGCACUUCAUUUUAAAUUUAAACGCUCUUACUAUUGCGAUUGAAUAUAAUAAUUUUCAUUUUUUAAAUUAGAAAAAAAUUUUAUCUUCCAAAUUACCAUAUGAGAUUCCAAUUGGGUUAUCAGUUAUUCGAGUGCAACCGUGAUAUAUUAUCUCUCUCAUUUUAUUAAACGUGAAAAAAAAAAAAUUGUAAAUUUUUGAAAUUUAUAAAUUAAUCGAGGAAAACAUUUUCAUUUACAUUUACAUUUGUAAAUAUAUGUAUAAAUUAUUAUUAUUACUAUUAUAAUUAUUAUUAUUACAUAUAUGAUCAUAUAUGUUUAUCUCUUAUAAAAUGUACUCAUAUUUAUCUGUUCAUACAAUGAUUGAUUAUAAAUAAAUAUUAGCAUAUCAAGCUGUACAUGUAUAACAUGCGGCAAUUAAUAUUCGCGUUUAUCUAUUUAAAUUACAUAUGAUUUGAUAUUACGUGCAGCAAUAAAGAGCCUCAUAUAAUGGAAAAUAAAUUAGUACGUUGUUUUUACCAAUGUAUUUAACUUUUUUUUUUUUUAAUUCGAAUAAAACGAACUUUUGUAAAUUCAUAUUUGAGCAAACUGUUUCACACUGUAUCUUAAAUGUAAAAAUAUGUGGCAAUAAGUAUUAUGAACAUAAUAAUGAUAUCCAUUGAUAUUCAUAUAUGAUUGUAUAGGUUCAUAUAUGACCUUAUGUGAUAUCAAAUGUGCCAAUAAAUAGCCUUGGUCAAGUAUGAUAGUAUUUUCCCAUAUAUGAUUAUAUUCGUUUAGAUUAUAUACCCAUACAUGUGAUGCUAUUUAUUGUUAUAUUUAAUAUCGUUUAGGUAGAUCGGGUCAUGUAUAAUCAGAUAUUAUCCUUCAUUAAGUGUGAUUUGUAUUAAAGAAAAAUACAAACAAAUUUAUAUAUAUUUAUGAAUAUAUAUGAAUGUUUGUUCUCGGUUAAAUUGAAAGUUUCAUAAAUUUUUUACUAUUUUUACAUUGUCCCGCUCAAAACCCAGUCAAAGUCAUCCUUGUUGUUUUCACUCGUGUAAAAACGAA